GUCCGUCGGGGUGUCACGACGCGACGUUCUUCCGGGCGUGAACGGAUUGGCCGUGGUCUGGCCAUGCAAGGCUUCACAUGCUCUCACAAUAGAAUGAGAGCCUUCAAUACUAAUAUACAGCAUGCGACUCGAUUCACGGUGCUCAGAUCGACACGCAGAUCGACCAACCUAUUCUCAUCGUUGUACUCUGCUGCCAACACUACAGGCUCUCGGAUUGCUGGACUCGCUCUCGGUGAGCCAACACUGCUGCUGCACACGCGUUCCGUGGAAGAAUACUUGCUGCAGUCUCCCAGUCUCCCCACUCGGGUAGAAAGACAUGCCCAGCUCGCAGCCAGUCUUCGUGCAUACCUGAGGGGGUCUUAUGGAUCAAUCUCAGCGCUGCCCUAGAAUAUGUCAAGCGCCAGAAUCGGCCGGAGUGAAACCCAUAUGACGAGUACCCGUGCGGCAGCGCUUACGAGGACGAAUUGAAGCAGGGGCAUUGUUCGAAAAGGCGCAAGAAAGUAACAUGAACUGCAUGCAAUACACGCGCAACACGCCGAAAUAGCGGGCGAUAGCAGGGGUCGUAUGGCAAUACCAACCGACCGGGAGGCAAACUCUGAUUCGAAUCCUCGAUUUGAAUUCCCUGAACAUCGACGAAUCUCAACUGGUCGUACUAGAGACUAUCAUA